AUGGCAUCCUUAAAGAAUUCUUAUAUCAGCAAAAAAGCAAACGUUUUUCCCUUUUUGACGAAAAUAUUUUUAUUUUCUUUUUUGAUUUGGACAAUAAGUUUAAACUAUGAUAAAAGCUGUAACAACACAUAUAACAAUGAAAAAAUAUUAAGUGCAGAAACUAAUAGAUUAUUAGCUGAAAAAUGUAAGGCUGGUCCGUCAAAUUUAAAAGAUGUUAAACAGAAAAAGGAUAAGAAAACGAAAAAUACAGUAAAAACUAAUAAAGAAACACUAUCUAAUGUUGCAGCAGAUGAAGCCAUUGCAGAAAAGUUACAGGAAGCAUUGUACAAUGAUGGUAAAGUGGAUGAACAAAAACUAAAAGAUAUGGAAAACAUGUUCAGUUCUUUAACAGAAAAGUUUAAUUUAGGUGAAGAAUUAAAAAAGUAUGAAGGAGAUAUUGAAAAAAUGACCGAAGAGAUGCAAAAACAAAAAGAAAAAGGUGGUGAAGUAAGCAUGGAUAUGUACAAAGAUCUUUUUGAAAGUAUGACAAGUUCACUUAUAGAUUCAUACGCUGGUGAUGCAAGUGACAAGAAAAAAAUGAAAAUGAAAAAGCGUGCCAUGAAAGCUACUGGCUUUUUACUUAAACAUUAUUUAAAACCAGGAAAAAUAAAACCUCCUAAAAAAUAA